GAGAGAGAGGUAGCGAGAGAGAGAGAGAGAGAGGGAGGGAAGGAAGGGCAGAGGUUCCUCGUUGAAUCCUCUGCCCAGAUUGGAGAUGGAUCAACAACUGGGUUUGGAGCCGGAGCUGGAACCGGCUAGACUGCAGCAUCUGACCCACUCCAGAGACGGCCAGUGUCCUCUGGGUGUCUCCCAGCCGGUAAGCGGCGUGGGCUCGGCACCGGGCUCCCGGGACUACCGGCCAGACCUGACCCUGCCGGGCCCGUCCGCUGGCCACUACUCUGCCCUGGUCCACCCUGGCCCGGCCGCGGACAGAUACCGAGACCUGCUCCUGCCCAACAAUCUCACGGCCGGCUUCGCCUGCGCGAGGGAGAAUGGGGGCUGCGCCGAUUUCUACGGCCUCCACCUCAAGGGUCUUGGCUUGGGUCAACCGAUGGUCACCCAAGGACCUGGUCCCUACGGGCUCUGCCCCGGCCAACUGGGCGUGGAGAAGCUAUCUCACAUCUUCUCAAGUGGACCGACAUCAAUGUUCUCACCAGAAGAUCACAGCUUGAUGUCGCAUCCGCCCGCUCCAACGUUGUUCGCUCAAGACCACCAGGACGUGGACCUCCUUGCCCACAGGUCCUACGCUGGAGCCUCACCACCAGGGACGUCCAAGGUGCAAGCCUUCGGACAAUCGGAAGACAUCAACACCAAAGAGGUGGCCCGCAAGGUGAUGGGGGAGUUGAAGAGGUACAACAUCCCGCAGGCUGUCUUCGCACGGAGGGUCCUCUGCCGUUCACAGGGAACUCUGUCCGACCUCCUGAGGAACCCCAAGCCUUGGACCAAACUCAAAUCCGGGAGGGAGACCUUCAGGAGAAUGUGGAGCUGGUUGCAGGAGCCAGAAUACCAGAGGAUGUCCUAUCUCAGGCUGGAAGCUUCCCGGAGGAAGGAGCAGGAGGGAGCAGGGGUCGAGCAUCAUCGUUCGCCCAAGAGGCACCGGCUGGUCUUCACCGACGUGCAGCGCCGCACCCUCCUGGCCAUCUACAAGGAGAACCCGCGGCCCAACCGGGACCUCCAGCUGACCAUUGCCCUCCAACUUGGCCUGGAGUUAUCCACCGUUGCCAACUUCUUCAUGAACUCACGCCGCCGGAGCCUGGACAAGUGGUCGGAGGAGGGGACACAGGUCACAAUCGACAACAGGCAAUAGGUGCAGGA